UCGGGUUUGGACUUUCACCCAAGAUUUUGGUCGGGUUUAUUAAAGUAAUCGGGUCUUAGUCGGAUCUAAUUUCGGUUAAUAAUUAUUAACGUAAUUUGACCAGACAUUGGUUUAAUCUGGCUUAUUAUGGUUAACUAAUUCACCUACAAACAGUAACUCAAUGUUUAACCAGCCAUAUGUGGAAUUAAGAUUCGAACUUUAUAAUCGGAGAUAUAUAGAUUUUUAAUUCUAGUUGGUAUGGAAAUAGGAUUCGAAUUUUUUACUCGGGGACAAAUGGAACGAGGCAAUAGUUCCGGAAAUAUUUGGUGCUAUAUGAUACUACUCGUGGGGAAAUAGAUCGUUUUCCCUAAAGUUUUAAGUGAAUCUUCUGUUACAUGAAAUAGAGUUAUUUUAUAACUGGAAAGUUAACAAUAAAAUAAGAGGAAGCUGGGAAAAUAAUAAAGAAAGCUUACAUUUCGAUAUCUUGUUAGGUAAAAGGCAGUCGUGUAUAGAAAUAAAAAUCACAUAAGAAUGGAAAAAGAAAACUGAAAAAUGUAAAUACAUCUUAAGUUUUGGGAGUCCUACUUAAAAACAGAAAAGUGCCUCAUGGAACAUAACUAAUAAAAACCAGAAAAAAAAAGUCGUAAGUUCAAACUAAGCAAGCUCAAUAUGCUGGUCCGUAACUUGAGAGCUCUUGUUCCCCGCGGUUUCCUCUCUUCUCCACAUUCCUAUAAUGUCCGAAGCAAUCCGGUAACAAUGGCCGGCCGAGUUGUCAGAAACUUGUUUGCUAUCUUGAAUGUUGGGAACAAUGAUAGGAGCACGGUGAAGAAAAAACAAAACGGAAGAAUGAAAACAAAAGAAACUUGUCCGGUUGGUUUGUUGAAGAACUCAGUAGUGAAGGUCUUCUUUGCCUCUAGAGACUAUAGCAGAACUCGACCUUGGGAGACUCAUACCGAACGAUGCUACGGCACUGGAUUUGCAAUCUCGGGAAAAAGAAUUCUUACAAACGCUCAUGUGGUGGAAGUACUGAAUGAACACACAUCUGUGCAUGUCAAAAAGCGUGGUUCUACAAUCAAAUAUAAAGCAAAAGUUCAAAAGAUUGCACAUGAAUGUGAUUUGGCCAUCUUGGAGAUCGAUAGUCAAGAGUUCUGGAAGGGUAUGAAUCCUUUGGAGCUCGGAGGCAUACCGCCUCUUAAGAAAGCUGUUUUCGUUCUUGGUUAUUCUGGUAACAGAAUUUGGAUUACAAAAGGUCUUGUAAGUAGCUUUGAAACCAAAAAGUACCUUCAUAGUGACACCGAACUACUGAGAAUACAAAUAGAUGCAACCAUAAAAAAUGGAAACAGUGGUGGCCCAGUAAUCUUGGAGAAUAAAGUCGUUGGUGUAGCAUAUGAAGGUUCGCAGAUACAAAGUUCUCUUAUCCCAACGCCAAUUGUUAAGCGUUUCAUAACUGGUGAUGAAGAAAGCGAUCAACAGGCUGUUUUCUGCUCAUUGGGUCUAUCAUACCAGUCUAUUAAAAAUGCUCAAAUCCGUAAUCAUUUCAAAAUGAGCUCUGAAAUGACAGGAAUUCUUAUAAACAAAAUAAACUUGUGGUCGGGUGCCUACGGAAUUUUGAAAAAGAAUGACAUCAUUCUUGCCAUUGAUGGUGUUCCAAUAGCAAAUGAUGCGACAGUUCCCUUUUGGGAAAGUGAGCGAAUAAGUUUUAAUUAUUUGAUUUCAAUGAAGAAACCAGGCGAGACUAGCAUGAUCAAAGUUUUGCGAAGGGGAAAAGAACAUGAGUACAACAUCAAUCUAAAGCCCGUGAAACCACAUGUUAGAGUGCAACAGUAUUAUAAACGUCCAAGUUAUUACAUAUUCGGUGGUUUUGUUUUUGUUCCAAAUCACAAUUUGAGCGAAUCUGAAGAGCAGCAUGUCAUUAUCUCUGAGAUACUGGAAGAUGACAUCAACCAAGGAUACGAAAGUUUCAAAGAUUUGCAGGUGGAGAAAGUGAACAAAGUAAAGGUAAAGAAUCUAAGGCAUCUAUUUGAGCUCAUAGAAGAAAAUGGCACUCAAAAUUUGAGCAUUGAUUUAGAAGAUGACAAGGUUUUAGUCCUCAAUUAUGAAUCUGCUAAAAAGGCAGACUCUAUUAUCUUGAAACGUCAUAACAUAACAUCUGCCAUAUCUAAUGAUCUAACUGGGUCCAGUAACUAGUUGUGCUCAAAGAUACUAGGUUUGAAAUUUUGCUGCUUUCUACUUGUAUGUCCUCCUCGACUUUCAAAGAUAAUAAUAUUGAGUAUUGACCUUCCUG